CUUCUAAUCCGUCUCACGUAAGGAUGGCUGACGACGAGACCGUCAAAACGGAGGCUUCACUACCUGUGGCUUCAAAAGCCCGUCCUAAAAAAGCCCCAGAGCUUCCAAUACUUGAGAGGAGGAACUGGCUGAUCCAUCUACACUACAUCCGAAAGGACUAUGAGACCUGCAAGGCGAUAAUAAAAGAGCAGCUGCAGGAGACUCAGGGCAUGUGUGAAUAUGCCAUAUAUGUCCAAGCUCUGAUCCUGCGUGUAGAGGGGAAGAUCCAGCAGUCUUUAGAGCUGUUUCAGAGCUGUGCCAUCCUCAACCCCACAAGCUCAGACAACCUCAAACAAGUGGCUCGAUCUCUUUUUCUCUUAGGGAAACAUAAGGCUGCCAUUGAGGUUUACAAUGAGGCAGCUCGGCUCAAUCCGAAAGACUGGGAAAUCAACCAUAAUCUCGGAGUUUGUUACAUCUACACCAAGGACUUCAAGAGUGCUGAGGAGCAUCUGAACAUGGCACUGCAGCUUAACAAGCAUGAUAUGAGUUACAUGAUGCUGGGAAAGACUUACCUGUUACAGGGAGACACAGAGAGGUCUAUUGAGAUCUACAAGAGUGCAGUGGAGUUUUCCCCAGAGAACACAGAGUUGCUCACCACACUAGGACUCUUGUAUAUGCAGCUUGGAAAAUUUCAGAGGGCGUUUGAACAUCUUGGGAAUGCUUUGACAUAUGACCCAAACAAUUACAAGGCCAUCCUGGCAGCAGGAAGCAUGAUGCAGACACAUGGGGAUUUCGAUGUGGCCAUGAAUAAGUAUCGCGUGGCAGCUUUCACCGUGCCUGAGAGCCCACCGCUCUGGAACAACAUCGGCACAUGCUUUUUCGGCAAGAAGAAAUACGUAGCUGCUAUAAGCUGCCUGAAAAGAGCAAACUACCUGUCUCCAUUUGACUGGAAGGUCUUGUAUAAUCUGGGUCUGGUGCACCUCACCAUGCAGCAGUAUGCCUCAGCAUUCCACUUCCUCAGUGCUGCUAUUAACCUGCAUCCACGAAUGGGUGAGCUCUACAUGCUCCUCGCAGUCGCCCUGACCAAUUUGGAUGAUGUAGAUAAUGCGCGCAGGUCAUACGAACAAGCCGUUCAGCUCGAUGAGUCCAACCCUCUAGUCAAUCUAAAUUUUGCAGUGCUGCUGUAUAAUCAAGGAGACAAAAAGGCAGCACUACAGCAGUACCAGGAGAUGGAGAAAAAAGUUAACAUGAUGAUCGAGCGAAACAACAACACUGAGUUUGACCCUGAGCUUGUCGAAAUGGCUCAUAAAAUGGGUGCAGCCCUUCAGGCUGGGGACAACCUAUUCUGGUCGAAACCAGGCAAAGAGACUAAGAGCAGCCAGCGCUCGUCUUCCAGCAAGCCGCCGUCUUCCCAGCAGCCCCUGGGCUCCAAUCAGACCUUGGGCCAGGCCAUGUCAUCUGCUGCAGGUUACAGCAAAAGCAUGCAGCUGGCUGCAGAGCCAGAUAUAGAGAGAGCACCAGCACCCCCCUCUGAGCCUCCAGGAGAAGCUGAAAACGAUGGUGAUGAAACAGCCGAAAAUAGUAAAUCAAAGAAGAAGAGCAAACCCAGAGGACUUGCAGAGUAGAGAUUCAAACUGCUUCUUGUUAAAGUGCAUGAAAGCUUUAUAGAGUAUUUGCGUAUGUAUAUGAAUGUAUAGAAUAUUUAUUUAUUAGGCAUAUCGUUUGUACAAAAAGGUUUUUCUACAACUAUUGCUUACUUGUUGUUUUAAGAGACCGCCACAUCCAAUUUUUCCUCUCUCUCUCUCUAAUUUACUUGGUCAUGUCAUUAAUCCAGUCUGAACCUGGAGCCAUGCAAUCACUCCACACCACACUGUGUAAACACAAUCAGAUGUGCGACUCAGGAAUGAUGAGACUUUUACAGACAUGGCUUAUUGUCCUUGCUGUGCUGCUUUAAACACAUUAACAGGGUUUUUCAUGUAUAGAGCGUCAUUUGUAACACUGACAUUGUAACGUAAAACAUUUUUAAAUGCAGAUAUGCAUUGUGUUAAUAGCAUUGUGCUUUUCCAACCUCUGUAUCUGAGCUAGGUGAAAAAUAAACAAGUACAGCUUUAAGCAUUUUCCCUCCUUUGCAGUUUAACCUGAUUUUCAAUUUAGAAAUUUCUUCACAAAAAGAAUAU